UAAAGCUAAGUGACCUUCUUUACGACCGCCAUAAACCGCUCACCGGCCGAGAGGAGCAGCUUAUACCUUCACCGGAGGGAUUUUAACCCGACACAUUUUAAUCAAAAGUUGACUAUGGGAGACGUUGGCAAAGGAAAGAAGGUUUUCGUCCAGAAGUGUGCUCAGUGCCACACAGUAGAGGAGGGGGGCAAGCACAAGGUGGGCCCCAACCUCUGGGGUCUGUUUGGACGCAAGACUGGGCAGGCAGCGGGCUACUCUUACACAGAUGCCAACAAGAGUAAAGGCAUCGUGUGGGGUGACGACACCUUGAUGGAGUACCUGGAGAACCCCAAGAAGUACAUUCCUGGAACCAAAAUGAUCUUUGCUGGCAUCAAGAAGAAGGGAGAGCGCCAGGACCUCAUUGCAUACCUCAAAUCUGCAACAUCAUGAGCUAGUGAUUUAAAAUCAGAAUAUUUAAUGUCAUUUUAUUAUGUUUUUUUUUUGUUAAAUUUUAGGCUUGCACAUGCUACAUAUGGCUUUAUGUUUAGUCAUUUGUACAGAAGGUUAAUCUAUGUUGUCUAGGGUUAGUAAAGUGGCACUUCAUGUGAGCCAGUGAGUUCACAGCAAGUGUUACUUCCUCUUCAAGGACAGGGUGCGAUCAAUUGUUCAAGUGGCCAAACGUAAAACUAGUCUGUUUUUGUUCUUUUCUUUUUUUUUUGUGAAUCUGUAUUUUAACUCUAAUGAGGAAAAAAAAAACUAAUCACAUAAUUUAAAAUUGCUGGCCAUGAUAGGUUGUCUGACCUGUAACUCAUUCUGUUCUCCAUGACAACACGUGUUUGGUACUUCCUGCUAGCAGAGCCAUCGGCCAUCGACCUCAUUGUUAAAACUAUAACACAAAAGUCAUCUAUUAUCAGUUAGAGUGAUAUGGGGUGGAAAAUCUUAGGAUGUUAUGGUGGUUAUUUGGUGCUGACACUCAAUCUACUCCCAGUUUUCAUGCUAAGUGGAGUUUCUGACCUUUUAGAAGGAGUGACACUGAGCAUUUUCUACAUUCUCUCUUGUCUAUCCUUAAAUAUUGCCCAUUAGAAACUACUACUUGCCAUGAAUGCUCUCUAGAUUAUACAGACUGAACAUUUUAAUACCUCUUGUUGUGUUCUAGGACUCCUGACAGAGCCUGAUUCUCUAGGUUACUGAAGCAACCCCUCUGAGCUCCUGUUUUUACUCCCUGCCUGUCAUCAGCCUUGGCAUGUUUUUAAAAAAAAAAAGAACAAAAACAGUGCAAAGGAUGACACACUGAAUUUGCCUCGUUACAGCUAAGAAUUGUGGGGUGUAAUUAUAUAUUAAUGCCUUCAAAACCACUACCAACAUGCUGAGAUCCCUACAGGUUGAAAUCAGCUGGCAUACAAUCACCGUGCCGAACAAUGUUGUGGAGCUACUGUAUCAUUUAGAAAUUACUAUGAAAGGUAACAUCUGGAUUAAAGGAAGAUUUUGUUAUUUACCUGGUUUCACAGGCCUGAAGGAAUAUUUUAACGUUUUAACUUAUUUUACUGUAAUCUGACUGAAUCUGUAAAGUAUUUUGAUGGGGUUGCUUGCUGUCAGUGUAUACACAGCAAUAUCCUGUAUGCACUUAAACAAUAUUACAAUGUGGUAGCUAUUUUGUGUGGCUGUGGACAGGAUGGUUGGAGGAUCAAUUAAAAGAAAACGUCCAGAAAUGUAAA